UUUAGGGUUCCAGCGAGCGGCCGCUUCCAUCGAUCGAGCUCUCAUGGCCCCCGCAUUGCCGGUCCGAGGCAAGAAUCCCGCCGCCAAGCCCAGGAGCAAUCCAGCGCCGGAUGAGCCUGACAGCCCGAUCAAGAUGAGGAGGAAGAAGAAGAAGCUGCCCCACGAGGUCGAGAAUCCCCAAGGUGAGAUCUCUCCUUGCAAGCCCGCGGCGUUCCUGGGCUUCUUCAAGCCUGCAUUGGCAAAGAGGGCCGGCGAGGAGCCAAAUCCCCAUGGUGAGAUCACUAUGACGAAUCCAGAGGCCUUUCUUGGGUUCUUCAAGCCUCCCCGGUGGAUUAGAAAGUGUCCGGCGACGCGGGAUGAGGUCUACUCGCCAUUGCCGCCGCCCGAUCCAGACAAAGUUCCUCGUCUCAAGAAGAAAAAGUGGAAGAGGAGACCUCGCGGCUAUAGAGUGAGACGAGGAUGGUUUUGUGAGCACGCAGGAUUGUCUCCUAGGAAAGGCCGCGGCGACAACUUCAUGAACUUCACUCCGCAAGAACAGGAGGUUUCUCUCUCCACCACCAACGUUUUUCUUUCACUAUCAGCUCGCGAAUGAUGCUGAAAGAGGCCGCGGAACGCAGGCGGAGGAGAGCCGAGGCCAAGUACAACAAGAUGUACCGGUCUUAUAUCAGCGGCUUGGAGAAUCGGCAAGGCCACAUAAUGCGAUUGAUGAGUGACUUGGUGAAUCUCGCGGAUCGAAAACACCAUGAGAAGCAUUCGUUGCUCUACGAGCAAUGGCGAGUACAAGUGUACGAGUAUAUUCAGCGGCAGAUCGAGGACUCUCUCGAAGAAAUAUCCCCUGACUAUAUCAAGGACAAGCUAAGGUGGUUCCACUAUCAAUAUAUGGCGAUUGCGAACAAGCAGAUGGUGAUGCGGGACUAUCCAAGACCGGACUACGAUCCGUUUGAACCGCUCAAGCAUACCAUUAAAUUUUCGGUGAAGGAGUUAUGCGACCCUGUGAAGCACGACUUGACAAAGGAAAACACAGAGAAGCGUUUCAUGGGUGAUCCUGUUGCAGACCAGGCAGUGACUAAAGAAACGCUCGAUCUGAAGUACUGGCCAGCAUACCAGUUUCGCGCAUCAAAGUGGGGACAUAUUCAGGCAGAUGAGGAGGAUGGUUCCGAGAUUGUCAUUUCGCAGCCUGACACAUUGUAUUCUCACGAUGUCCUGUACAACCAAGUAUUCGUCGGCGAUGAAUAUGUCAAAGCUGAGCUUCCAAGAGGAAAAUAUAUGGUUCCUAACAAAGGAAUGUUACCUGAAAAUCACGUGGAGAAACCACAUGGGAAAUGCCAGGUUUGGGAUGCGGAGUUUCGAAAGCAGCCCAAGCUCAGGCUAUGGUAUAACUGAAGUCAACAGUGGUUUCGGGCGUCAGCAUGCAUGGGUUUGCGAGACAAGUUUUAUAUCUAGCAUAUGUUUUAGCAUAUCUGCCUAAUAUUUUGAUGUUACAGGAAAGCAUGUUGUACAUUACGAGCAUUCGUUUGCGUGCUCUCUCAACGAGAGCCAUUAAAAAACGUUCUCCAGCAUGCU